AUGGAGAAGAAUACCCUCUACAGCGAGCGGUCCUGGCCAGCAGAGGUCUACGCUACAAGCUGGGGAACAGUUAGAACAACUCGUGGCCCUCUCCAACCCAGAGCAUCGACCCCGCGUGCGUUACCGCCCGUUCGCAUAUCAUUACCUCUUCGCCUGGUCGUAGUCCUCCAGCUCUGCGGUAGGGAAGGAGUGGAUCCUCAACUGUUAGUGAACUCUGAAAAGGAGGUUGCAUCCUGGAAACCAGAAGAGAAAGUUCCUCUUCUGCAGACUAGACCCUUAAAUCCUACGGGAAAGGAAUAUGACGGUGACGGUCGGGGGGGUGCCCCUGGAGGAGCCACUGCCGGACACGACGGCCCUGGUUCACGCACACCCCCAGUUCCGGGAGUCGGCUGCCAGGCUGACCACCCAGCCGCCCAAGGUGGUGGGACCGGUCGGCCUCCUCUACGUGCAGCAGAGGGAGAUGGCAGUCACUGUACCCCAUGACAAAAAUGUCAGUAUAUUGGGUUCUGAAGAUGCUACGACCUGUAUCAUCCUGAUUCUUAGGCAUACCACUAGCGGAGCUGUUGGAUUAGCUCAUUGCGAUGGUGCUGGUACAGAAGAAGGAUUGGUUACCUUAAUCUCAAGGAUACAAGAGCUUGCGCUGGGCUAUCCAGAAGGAAGAAUGCAACUACAGCUCGUUGGAGGCUACUUAGAUGCAAACAAUUAUACAGAAGAACUAUUCUAUAGUAUACUUCAUGUCUUUCACAAACAACCUAUUGAAAUAGAACUGAUCACAGCCUGUAUUAGUGAUGUGAACACUGUUGUGAGAAAUGGUAUUCAUGCACCAAUUAUAUAUGGUGUUGGCUUCAAUGUCAAAACUGGAGAGUUAUUUCCAGCAACAUUUCCAGAUAAAGGACCUGAACAGAGUUUAAGAACUGCCAGGCAUCUUUCCACGAGUCAGUCUACCAUGUUGGAUGUCUAUGACUGUGGGCUCGGUUUGUUGAGGAUUGGCCCGUUUAGCUAUCAGCCAUUACGAGGAGUAGAUCUGUGGCUAGAACAGUCCGAUGAUAUCAUUCUGCAGCAUCUUUCUACUUCUCCUCAAGUAGAACCACCUCAUUUCACUAUGCAGAUACGUGCUGCUUUAAAGUAUAUUCAAGAAAAUCCAUUUCCAGCUGUGACCGUCUUUCGUGAAAAUAGGCCUCAUUAUUAUAGAAGAGAUGAAUUAACUGGUAUAUGGACUCCUUUUAGUUACUGAAGACUAAAUGCGUUAGUGUUGGUGUCAAUUACUGAAGUUGCUGGAUUGGAAGAUUCUUAAUGGUUUUCAUUAUGUUAUAUUUAGAAAUUUCGAUUCCAUUAAUAUGGUUAAGAAUUUGUUGAUUCUCUUGUGUGAAUGUUAAAAAAAAAUUACUGCUUUCUUGUCUUAUAUGUAGUUCUAGUAAUUAAAAGAUUAUCUUUCAAAUAUAUUUUUAUAUAAAGAUAAGUGCUUCCACUGUUUUUUGUAUUUCAUUUAUUAUCAUUGUACAUAUUUUUAAAAAUACAAAUAAGAGAGAUAAAUAUAUUGUUUAUUGGUGCUUCUAACUAGUUAUAUGCACUAUCACCUUUUAAGCAAUCAUUCACCAAAGUUGUUUAGUGCUGUUUUAUCAAUUAUUUGAAUCAAAUUUAAAUCCAAUUAUAUUUAACGCCAUUUUAAUUAUUAAUGAACUGUUAAUCAAAAGUUAUAAUUUGUGCCAUUGUACAGUCACUAAGUGAUAAUUAACAUGUUUAUAAUCUCAUUCCAAACUUUAUGAAUUUGGUGUUUGUAAAUAGUUGGAAUAAGAUUUAAAUAUCAGUUUUGAAUAGUUUAUAGAGGUAAAUUUUACAAUUUAUGUUCCAUAAGUAUGAUAAGUUAAUUUAAAUAGCUGUUAAUUUAAAUAGCUGAUAAGUAUGUUGAACAUCACUAAAAAAAUGUUUCUUUAGGUUUUUCAUAAAGUUAUAAUCCUGUUGAAAUUUGUACCAUGACAUAAUUUUAUCUUUAAUCAAUCAUAGCAUUAUAAAUAAGACAAAUUUCAUUCUCAGUGUCUUUAUGUAAAUUAUUAUAAAGUUAGUGUUAAGAAGGAACGCUUAGUUCCAAUUGUGAUAUUAGGAUGAAAAAUUAAAUCAAAUCUGUAAGCUCAUAUGAACAAGUGGCCUGGCCUCUGUGAUAUAUGCCUUUUUAUUUCAAUGUUGUUUACUUGUUAUUUCUGUGAAUAUUUUUAUGAAUUAAUCAAAUGAGUCUCUCAUAAGUCAAAUGUGCAAUACUAAAAAAGAAAAUUACAUAUUCUAAGAAAGUUUUUUAUUAAUUCUAAAAAGUAUUAAUUAUCGAUUAUUUGGGAAAAUUCAAUCAUUCAUUGCCAGUUCUUUCUUCCUCUGGUCGACUAUCCACCUGGUAUAAACUGGAAUGAUGAGACUCAAUUAAAGCUGGUUAUGAAUAAUAAAUAUUUUCAUCUCUUAUUUAAAUUUUAAAUCAGGCAUUAAAUUGUUUAAUAUAUUGUAAAUUAUGUUAAAAUAUUAUAUCUAUUUAUUUGAAACAAUAACAUUAGUUUUAUGUAUCUUUUUCAAAGGUAAUUUAAUUAUUUUUGUUUUUAAUUUAAAAAGUGUUUCAUAAGCUAUUUUUUAUCAAUUUUUAAUUAUGUGGUUGUUACUUAUGUUUUAUUUUUUGCCAGAAAAAGUUUGUUAUUAAAUUUUAUGCUGUUAUGAAUGAAGUUUAUGUUAAGUGGAUUAUAUGAAAUUUUUAUUAUUGUAAAAGAAAUAAAAUAUUUGUCUAUAUAAAAAAACAAAAAAAAAACAAAAAAAAAAAAACACGAUCCAUGCAGCCAUAUUGAUAUGUAAUUCAAUAAUAAAUAAGGUGCCUCUAAACUAUAUAGCUGAACAGGGCACCUAAAAUAUAACCAAAUAAAUAAAUAAAAUAG